GGCUCAGGACCUUACCUUACCUUGCCUUACCUUGCGGGGUGGAGGAGGAGUACUGCCAGCCCCGCCCCUCGAAGUUCCCGCCCAGCCCCUGUCUUUCCCUCGUCCCGCCCCUUGGCAAUUCUUCCUAUAUAUACGCCCACCUCUUUACAGCAAGACAGUGACUCAAGUGAGACAAACAACAUGAUGAACAACGCUAUGCUGGUGGCAGUGGCCCUCCUCUCCGUGGCAUCUCUAGCGUUGGGUGAUGUCCGCUACGUAGCCCCGGCACCGGCCUGCUAUGCUCCCACUGUCACUGCCUACGAGACGGUGACGGAGGUGAAGACGUCAACGGAAACUGUCUACAAUACUCUGGUGGAGCAGGUUGUGGUCACCGAAACAGAGUCUCUCACCGAAACUGCCACAGCCACGGAGACUGAGUUUGUGACCGAGACGGAGACAGAGAUCAACACAGAGAUCGAGCAGGUCAUCUCCACGGCUUUCGACACCGUGUACGAGACUGUAGUGGAGACGGAGGUGGAGACUGAGGUGCUGGAGAAGACAAUCGUGGCCACGGAGACAGAGAUUCAGAAGGUAGAGGUGACGAAGUGCGCUCCUGCCUACCACCCUGCCCCUUACCACAGGCCCUCCUACCACCCCCCUGCCACCGGUCACGUCUCCUCCUCCCUCGGUAGCUUCAAGGGCUAUGAUGGCUUCGAAGGGUUCAAUUUCAAGGGGUACAAUCCAUUCAGGGGCUAUGGACAUUAAGUAAAUUCAGGCGGUUGUGUGUUUAGCGUGUUGUCCUGAGUUUUCAGCCCCUCAGCUCUGAUUAAGUUAAUUGGUUAAACUGUUUAGAUUGUGUAAGAUGUCCACGAUGCUCUACGCUAUAAUGUUUAUGCUCAGUUUUUAUUUAUUCAUUCAUUCUUCUUUUAUUUUCUCCUCUUUCUUCUCCUCCUCGUAAUCUUCUUCCUCGUUCUCCUUUUUUCUUUCGUCUUCUACAUAUUUCGACUGUUUUUUUUAUUUUUUA